UCCGGCGUCGAGCACUGCCAGCCCUGGAGCGCCAACACAACACAACAAAUAGACUUAGCCUUUAAUAUAUUUUUUAUGGUCUACUUUUUUAUACGUUUUAUAGCGGCGAGUGAUAAGCUGUGGUUCAUGCUGGAGAUGUACUCCUUCGUAGACUACUUCACCAUCCCCCCAUCCUUCGUCAGUAUAUAUCUGGAUAGAACAUGGAUAGGGUUGCGGUUCCUUCGAGCCCUCCGCCUCAUGUCAGUACCAGAUAUCCUCCAGUACCUGAAUGUCCUCAAGACAUCAUCCAGCAUCAGGCUGGCACAACUUUGUUCUAUCUUCAUCGCGGUCUGGCUCACAGGCGCCGGCAUCAUCCAUCUGCUGGAGAACUCUGGUGACCCACUAGAAUUCGAAAAUGCUCAACCCCUCUCAUAUUGGACGUGUGUGUACUUCCUCAUUGUCACCAUGUCCACUGUGGGUUAUGGUGACGUUUACUGUCAUACUGUCUUUGGAAGAACUUUUCUAGUCUUCUUUCUUCUCGUCGGUUUGGCUUUGUUUGCAAGUAGCAUUCCCGAGAUUAUAGAGCUGGCCGGAAACCGGUCCAAGUAUAGUGGAGAGUACAAGCGGGAGCAUGGGAAGAGACACAUCGUGGUGUGUGGCCAUAUCACCUAUGAAUCAGUCAGCCAUUUCCUGAAAGACUUUUUACAUGAAGAUCGUGAGGACGUUGAUGUAGAAGUUGUUUUUCUACACAGGAACGAGCCCGAUCUGGAAUUUGAGGGAUUGUUGAAGCGAAAUUCCACAUGCGUUGAGUUCUUUCAAGGGACAAUGUUUAACUCUGUAGACUUAGAACGUGUCAAGGUACAUGAAGCUGAUGCGUGCCUUGUGCUAGCCAAUAAAUAUUGUCAAGACCCCGAUGCUGAGGAUGCUGCCAAUAUUAUGCGUGUUAUCUCCAUCAAGAAUUACUCAGACGACAUUAGAGUCAUUAUACAACUUAUGCAAUAUCACAAUAAGGCUUACCUGUUGAACAUCCCUUCUUGGGACUGGAAACGUGGUGAUGAUGUUAUCUGCUUAGCAGAGCUCAAAUUAGGCUUCAUUGCACAGUCGUGUUUGGCUCCAGGCUUCUCUACCAUGAUGGCCAACCUCUUUGCCAUGAGAUCAUACAAAACUUCUCCAGAUAUGCAGGCCUGGCAGAAUGACUACCUCUGUGGAACUGGCUGUGAAAUGUACACGGAGACACUCUCACCUAGUUUUGUGGCCAUGACAUUCCCUCAAGCAUCAGAACUAUGUUUCUCAAAGCUGAAACUUCUUUUACUGGCCAUUGAAGUAAAAAACGAAGAGAGAACAGACAGCAAGAUUGCCAUCAAUCCAAAAGCCACAAAAAUCCAACCAAAUACACAAGGAUUCUUUAUUGCUCAGUCUGCAGAUGAAGUCAAGAGAGCCUGGUACUACUGCAAAGCCUGUCAUGAUGAUAUAAAGGAUGAAACUCUUAUUAAGAAGUGCAAGUGUAAAAACUACAUCGGAAAUUUGCUUCAAGCAAGCGGUUUCAUGAAGAACUUUAUGCCCCUCGUGGCGGAAAGCGGGCCGGGGAGCGAGGAUAAGUCAGAUAUUGAAACAGAACUCUACCAAGUUACUUACACCCCUCCCGAACUUCCAAAGCGUCUUCUUAACAACUCCAGAGGCGACAAGAUCCCGGUCAGAGAUGGACUUGCAAACCAAAACAGCAGUGGACAGCCUCUGGUAAAUGCAGCAAAGACUUUAGCGACAGCUAAGAAGAAUGGUGGGCGACCAGCUGAUGCUCUUACUUCACCGAGCCAGGGUUACAACCGGUCAGUUCCUCAGCAAGACAGGCUGACAGAGGACAACACGUACAGCUAUCACCUCAGCUACGAGGUCAAGAAACUCAUGCCCACAAGUCGUAGCAGUGGAGGAGGCAAUGGUGGCACCAACAACGGCCUUACAGUAGGCAUUGCAGAUGAUCAAGCAAAAGAUUUUGACUUUGAGAAAACAGAGAUGAAAUAUGACUCAACUGGAAUGUUCCACUGGUGUCCUGCAAGAUCGUUGGAGGACUGUAUAUUAGAUCGCAACCAAGCGGCGAUGACAGUAUUAAAUGGCCACGUUGUGGUGUGCCUCUUUGCUGACCCUGAUUCUCCUCUUAUUGGCCUUCGGAACUUAGUGAUGCCCCUCCGAGCCUCCAAUUUCCAUUACCAUGAGCUCAAACAUGUGGUUAUUGUUGGUUCAGUAGACUACAUCAGAAGAGAAUGGAAAAUGCUUCAAAACCUCCCAAAAAUAUCUGUGCUAAAUGGUUCUCCACUCAGUAGAGCAGACUUAAGAGCCGUUAAUGUCAACCUGUGUGACAUGUGCGUCAUCUUGAGCGCAAAAGUUCCCAGUAAUGAUGAUCCAACAUUAGCUGAUAAAGAAGCCAUCCUUGCCUCACUCAACAUCAAAGCCAUGACUUUUGAUGACACCAUAGGCGUUCUCAACCAGAACCCAAGUGGUGGUGGUGACACAUUGAGUCCUCUUGGGUCACCUAUUGUACUACAACGGCGUGGCUCCGUCUAUGGUGCUAAUGUCCCUAUGAUCACAGAAUUGAUAAAUGACAGCAAUGUGCAGUUCCUUGACCAAGAUGAUGAUGAUGACCCAGACACUGAGCUCUACUUGACUCAACCUUUUGCUUGUGGUACUGCCUUUGCUGUCUCUGUCCUUGAUUCUCUAAUGUCCACGACAUACUUCAACCAGAACGCCCUCACACUCAUCCGCUCCCUGAUCACUGGUGGAGCCACUCCUGAAUUAGAGCUCAUCCUUGCUGAAGGUGCAGGGCUUAGAGGAGGCUACAGCACACCUGAGACGUUGGCAAAUCGCGACCGGUGUCAAGUGGGUCAGAUUUCUCUCUAUGAUGGUCCACUCGGUCAGUUCGGUGAAGGUGGCAAGUAUGGUGACCUCUUCUGUGCAGCGCUGAGGAACUAUGGCAUGCUAUGUAUUGGUCUCUACAGAACACUCCGUAUGGUUCCUCAAUCUGCCGUUGGUUUGGACUGCAGAUUCCGCGACACAUCAAGUUCGUGUGACGCGUCGUCCAAGCGGUAUGUGAUAACCAACCCACCGGAUGACUUCACGCUGCUGCCCACCGACCAGGUGUUCGUCCUCAUGCAGUUUGACCCAGGCCUAGAGUACAAGCCUAACCGGGGAGAUAUGACCAAAGAAGACAACUCCUGACUCCUCCUCUGUAGCGCCCUCACUGACGGACCCUACUCCUACAUCUAAAGAGUCCAGCGCUGCACCAACACCACACCAACACCACAACACACCACCCGCUCAUCAGCUGCUGCUGCCGACCGCCCACUGCUCCCAGAGUGCAGCAGCGUGCGGCAGCUGCCCCGUGCUGUGCCUCAGCCGUCCUCCCCACUACAGUUCCCCCACCUGAUCUCCUCCUCUCAGUACAGAUCCACACCCUUUGUAGCCGCCCCCAUCUCCCAUAGUGGGUUUUUGGUCUGUUGUGUUCCGGAUGGUCCCAGCACAAGGAGAGGUGUUGUGCACCUCACUACACAAGCAGGUGGCCCAUGUGUGCUUCAUCAAUCUUAGUUCAUAUGUGUUCAUACUGUUUUGUGUAUGCUCAUUUCAGUUAAAGGAAUGAAAUAACAACACUUCAUUUUGUGAUUAUCAUCUUUGAAUUGUAUAUAUUGAUGCUUGAAUGAGUAUUCUUUGUGUGUUAUUCUCUGCUUUUGUGUGGGAUCGCAGACUUUUGAGAUAGGGAAAUUCACAAGUGUAAUAGGAUGUUCCAACUAUGCAAAGUUGACUCACUCACUAGUGUCCCAGGUGGUUUGGGCGUAGCUCCAUUGUCAACCCUGAGUUUAGUUGCCCGUUGUAAGUCAGCCUGCACAUGCCCGGCUCACAGACACAUUGGCCAUUGCAGCCGUACAAGUCACACUUGCAGCAAGUGCUCACGUAUUCAGGGUCCUUCAAACUCCCCUGGACACUUGUCAUAGACCAGCUCAAAAUACAGAAGGAUUUCCAUUGGUGCCCAAAUUGUCCUUGCAGAGAAGUGGGCACUGAGUAACUGGUCUUUUGACUUGACUGGUCCAGGUCUGUUUGAGAGUGAGGAUGCUACAAUAGAAAGUUAAAUAUUAAGCAGAUCUUCUUAAUGAUGUAUUUUCUUUAGUCAUCUGUGCAAAACCUUCGAUAGCAAGAUAGGUUAUCGAUUUUGUAAUUAUUCCUCUUUCUCUUUUUUUGUGUUCUUAUAAGGUAAUUAUUGUUUAUCAUAAUGUUAUAUAUCAUUUUAGGUUAUUAUUUCCUCAUCUAAUCACUCAUGAUUUUGUUAACCAGAGUAUCAAAAUUGUGGCACAGAAGACACCCACAUUUUCACAAGCACCGUAUAGCCAGGGAUAGUUGUUCAGUAAGAUGUAGGCCCAGAAAUGUAUUUACCUGCGAAUUGUUUAGAGAAGAGUUUGAACAAAAUGUUACGUGUUAUAGUUUUUUACUUAGUUGUGUAACAAUAACAAAGUUUACUAAAUGAUGCAUCAGUGUGAACAAAGUUCUUAGUCUUGCAAGUUAAAGUUGUCAAAAGUGUAAAGAAACUGCAUUUAACAAAUCAAAAUUGUUAUUGGCACCAUGUCCGUUGAGUGCCAAGGUGCUGUGUUCCACAGUGCCACUGUGGCUACGUGGCCAGUACCACCACCUCCAGGAAGGCAGCAACAGUGGGGAUCUAGGAGCCCCACAUAUUACACAUGCUGCAACUCCUGCUAGAAAAUUUCAUAUAGAGAACUGUGAGCCAGGUCAUCCCAAUGUAAAAAUUAUCAAGGUCGUGGGUGGUCAUGUUUACUGGUGGCCCAUGAGCGCAAGUUAUACCAUGUUUUCUUACAUUGGAUAUGUCCACGAGUGUUCUACAAGUUUCUGUGCAUAUACAGUCUCUCCUGGGGCCUAGUCCACUGUGGCUCACUGGUGUGUGGCCACUCAGGGUCUCUUUGUGGUGGCUGCGUCCACUGGUGGCCCAUCUCAGUUGGGUUUAGAAAAUAUUAUCCCAUUAGCUGAGCCACAUUGACCCCUGUGAUCAUAUCCUAGUUUGUAUGGUAUGCCAUUCCACAUUUCUGAUGUUUACAAUAUCCUGUUUUGAUCCACAGUGUGCGAUGAUGUAUAAUCCUUGUUCCUACAUACAGUAACCUUGGGAACUUGGCCCAUAAUGGCCCUUAUUAUCAGUGAUGAAGAUCACUGAUUAAUGCUUGAGUGUUAUUAUUCACCAGAGUGUUGUUCAUAUCUACUCAUGCAUAUUUUUUUGAGUCCUAAUAAGGUGUGCUGCACUGAAUUAUCUGUGAACAUUGAUAGUUGCUCAGCUAAGGUGCGGGGGCUCGGCCUCCAUUACCUGCUGUAGAGGAGUGAGUAGCGCGCGAGCUGACCCCAAGGACUCACUAAGCGUGGCUCUCUGGUUGCGACUGUGUUGUCAUUGCCUUACAAAUGCCAAGAGCUUAAUAAGUUUUCAUCUCUAUUCAGUCCUGGCUUCUCUUCUCCUAAUAUCACAGACCAGUAGAUGGUGCAGGGGUAUGUCAGCCAACUGGCUAAAAGAUGGCAAAAAGUGAUCAGAAGUGAUAUUUUAUAAUUUUAUUUUCCCCACAGUGUUCUAAAGCAAAAUAAUGUUUAAAUUUAAUACCUCAUAAGUACAUCAGUGGACUUGAUUAAUAAGGCAACAAGUAAAAGAGAGUGGAGCACAAGCUUUGGACAUUGCUUGGAAAUCCCAACAGACAUCACCAGGUGACUCAGGAUCGCCAGCCAACUGCCCAGACUGCCAGCCGACUGACUGCACUAUGCCCUAGCUGCCUGCCUGUCUCACCCGGCAGGCUAUAUGGGGACGGGGUCAGGAAGAGAUGGAGAGGUGAUUCUUUUAAAAGUGGGCAUGUGUAUAGGAUCCAACCUUGUUGUUUUAUCAUAAAUCUUAAAGACACAUGUGAACACUUUCGUGUGAAUCCUUCUUGAUUAAAUCCUGACUUUGUCUCCUUACGGACCGCCAACGGUCAUGCAGUAAAAUGCCUAGAUUGAACUAUGCUGGAAAAAUUUCCCACUAGAUACAGAAUGAAAUGUGAUAUGUAAUAUAGAUCCAGGUGUCAUGUACUGCAUGAUAAUCGUGCUUCUUUUGAAAAUGUUUUAAGAAAUCACUGUAUACUAUAUAUCCUUGUAUUUCUUCUUCAUAUUACUGAGAGAACAUUUUUUGUAUAUUUUAUGUCCACCUGUGUUUCCCCGCCUUCUGCUCUGGCCUCAUUAAUGCAUAAUAGUGACCAUAUGAUCUAUUUUGUACCAAUGGAUCAACUUGUAUAAAUCUCAUUAUCCUAGCAAUUAAACAAGGAAGAUGAGCCUUAAAACAUUUCUGCCUUGUGUACAGAAUAGGUCAUUUGCGUUACGUUGGGUUUUCGGUCACCAAGGGGAAGUAUUUGGAAUUAUGCACCGUUGGAUAUCCGUGUACCAUAAUGACUCUGAUAGGACAGUGAUCAUGAACUAUAUUUACCUGCUCUGUUAGGUCAUUUUCUUAAUUAUCAGGUUUGAAAGCAAGUGAUAUAGGUGGUGUUUAUAGCUCAUGAUUGCUACUCUUAUCAAUUUUCAUACUUCUGCGUUCUGAAUCAGAGUCGUAAUUCGACUGGUGUCUCUUACCUUGGCGUCUGAUCUGUUUCAAGCUCAGACCUGUUAACCUGAUUGCUCUAUUUUGAGCUCCACAGUCUUACUUGGGCUCUGCUCUGCAAACCCGCCUUACUGAGUCAUAUUUUGUUGCAGAAGCAAUAAGGCAAAAUAAAAGUUAAAAGUUUUCAAGAUUGCUUGUUAUACAAACUGGCCAUAGUUAUUAUACAGAAAUCUAAUUGCAACAUGAAUUUCAGAUUUUCUAAGCUGCUGUAUUUGUGAUAAAUGUUAUAAAUUAGAGGAACUUCGUCUGGGGUUUAGGAUGCAAAUCUGCAUGUGCUAUAUCUCUUUUUUUAAGAAAAUAUACCUUAAAAUCUGAAACCUUAUAUAGUAGGCUUUAAGAUUUGGUGGAAGAACCUUAUCAGAUUAUUAAAAUGUGAAUAUAGUAAAUAAAAGGGUUAAGUGGGGUAGAUUUUUUAAGAAAGAUUUACAACCCAGACCUGAGAGAUGGUUCCUCUAGUUACAUGCUACCAUCCAGUGACAAGGGCCAUUAUGUUGUCACUGACUUGUGACGCACAGUAAUUGUUGCUCUUGUACCAGAAGGGAUUGGUUGUUUCAGUACUGGAAAAAUAUCAAUCAGAUGAUCAGAUAGCUGGUAUGUUUGUUUUGAUAGUCAAAUGAUGUUUAAAAUGUUUAGCCUUAUUGUGGGUGUGCCUGUUUCCUUAGGCCACCACAGUGGACUCAUGGAGUGGACAAGGUUAAAAUUGUCAGCAUAAUAUCAAAAUGCAUUCAAUGAAGAAUAGAUUAGACCAAUACAACAUUACUAAGUUGAGAUUGGUGUCAUGUUAUCCUUAUGGUCUGCAUUUUUUUAUUUUUAAAGAUCUUUAAUUGCCAGUUUUAGCCUGGGCCAUGAUCAUUGUUGCUUGCCAAUAUCUGGUGUCCUGAAGCCAUGCCGACAAACCCAUACCACAUCCACCAAAAACCCUAACCUGUACAAAAUUAUGAAAACUUUUUUAUAUUAUUAGAAAUAUUUAAAAGAAAGUAUCAUAAAAAAGUUACAUGGGCCGGGUUUGUAUAGGAAUAUAUACACUGCAUAAUGCUGAAUUAGAUAUAAGUUAUUUGAGCCAUCUGGGUUAGUACUACAAUAUUGUAAUGGUCAAAAACUAUUAAAAGUUUCAGUUGUGAUUUAUAUGCUCAUAUUUAUCAUAAUAUUAUUGUAUUAAUAUGAAAUUAAUUAAGGAUAAUGGACAAUAUGCACUUUAUAAAAAGUUAAUGGUGUCCUAUUUGUUGUUGUAAGAAAUAAAUUGUUUAGUAAUAAGUAUAUAAAUUAUUUACUAUUCUGUCUACAUAUAACAGGGGUUACUCACACUUGUUUCAACCACAGAAAUUUGUCACAAACAUUAAAUUAUUCAAAAAACAUUUUGAUUUUAGUUUAGGAUAAAAUAUCAUGUAAAUUUAUGUUAAAAAAUUGGUAGGAAUAUUUGUAAAAAAAUAAUAAUAAUAAUAAAUACCAUUAAUGAGUAUGGGUUUAGUAAGGUGAUGGAUGGGACAUCAGAUUUUGGAAAUGUUGUGUUAAUGUUUGUUUAAUGUAAGGAUUACACUACUGGUUCAGAACUGUUUUUAUUUGAAUAUUUGAACAGCAAUAGAAUAAAUGCACCUCUGUU